AUGUCACCUAUGAUAGCCACCGUUUCUCACCCUCCAGCAGGCGGCAGCGGCACUUUACCGAACCCAUAUCUGAAACUCGGAAUUCAUCACGCGGAUCCACUGACAAGCGGGCCGAAAAAAAACCAAAGGGCUGAGAUGCUUGUUGGCCUCGCGAUUGGAAUGAACACUCAAACCUUGGGACUCAAGAGCAAUGCAGAGUUGACAAACCUUGCCGUCGACGAUGAACACAUCACGUUGAUCGGUCUUGGAGGCAUGGGGAAGAGCUCCCCUGCCAAAGCUAUCAUUAACAAACCACCUGCCAUGGAGAAAUUUGCUGAUGGGCGUGUCUUCGUGACCUAUGACAGCCUUGAUCCUUCGAGCAUCACCUUCGAGACUCAUGACUCGUUUUGCGGGAGCCCUAUGCAUAGAACUUGCUGGUGCUGA